AUUAUUUAGAAUUUUCUCUCUCCGCUGUCCUUGAACAAGUUCUCAGUCUUUGUAAAGGAAAAAGAAAAAAUAAUAUUUUUCUCUCUCCCUCUCCCCAAGACUUCCUCCGGUUUAAAGAAAGUCCAAUUUAUUAGAAUGGCCGACUCCGAAUUUGAAGCUCCUGCUUUGCCGGCGGUGACCGGUAAGAAGUCCAAGAGAGCCACCACAAAGGCCACAGCGGUCAAGGCCAAUGCUCCAAAAGCCAAGAAGACAGCAGUGGAGAAGAAGGCCAAGUCUCCUCGCGCUUAUCCUUCUUUCCUUGUGAUGAUAACUGAUGCGAUUGUGAUACUGAAAGAGAGGACUGGAUCGAGCCAACAUGCGAUCACUAAGUUCAUCGAAGAGAAGCAAAAGAAGUUGCCUUCGAAUUUUAAAAAGCUUUUGCUGGUUCAAUUGAAGAGACUUGUUGCCUCUGGCAAGCUCGUCAAAGUGAAAAAUUCGUACAAGCUUCCCCCAACUCGCGCUGCUCCGGCCAAAAAACCAGCCGAUGUGAAGCCCAAGGUUGCAACCACCAAGCCAAAAACUGCAAAAGUUGUUGCGAAGCCCAAAGCCAAGGUGGCGACCAAGCCAAAGGCAAAAGCACCUGUGAAAGCUAAGCCAGCAGUGAAGCCGAAGGCUAAGCCAACAGUGAAGCCGAAGGCUAAGCCAACAGUGAAGCCGAAGGCUAAGCCAACAGUGAAGCCGAAGGCUAAGCCAACAGUGAAGCCGAAGGCUAAGUCGGCAGUGAAGUCGAGGGCAAAGCCGAAAACUUCGGCCAAGCCAGCUAAGGUGGCGAAAACUGCUGCCAAAACUUCGGCAGGAAAGAAAACGACGAAGAGGGCGAAGAAAUGAGGUUUGGUCUUGAGUUGGGUAUCUGCAUAUAGGCGCAGCGAUGUAAAUUUGUUGUUUGAUAGUUGCAGGUUGUAACAGAGCUGUUUUGUUUAUGUUACUUUUUCUUAAUUUCUAAAGAAAUUUAAUAGAUUUCAAUUUCAUUAAA